AUGGCGGACAAGGCCCCCGGUGACAUGACCGUCCCGGACGGCAUUGACUUUAACCACCCUUACACCCCUUAUGAUGUGCAGACUGACUUCAUGAAAACCGCCUACGGAGUGUUGCAGCAGGGCAAUGGCCAGGUCGGCAUUCUCGAGAGCCCAACAGGCACGGGCAAAUCGCUUUCGCUCAUUUGCGCGUCCUUGACAUGGUUGCGGAAUCAGCGUGUUGAGGAACACGAGGCAUCGCUCAAAGUCAACAUGGACGACUUCAAGGAUGAGCCCGACUGGAUUGUGGAGCAAAUGCUGCGUCGGAAAAGAGAUGAACUCGCCCGCACCUGGGAAGAGCGAGAGAAGAAGCUGGAGCAGAUUCGUCAAAAAGAAAAGGCUAUUGAAGCUCGCAGUGCCAAGCGACGCCGCUUUGAUGAUGGCCCCUCGAGAUCGAAGCCUCGUGCUCUUGAGGCUGAGGAGGAUGACGAGUGGUUACUCGAUGAGCCUGACGCAGCUGGGUCAGCCAAUGACGGCGAUGCCAUGAGCGGUCUGAGCAAAGAGACAAAGGAUAUCCUGUCCCGGUUUGGCUUGGGAAGUCUCAAGGCCGAGCAAGAGGAGGACAAGGUCGCGGACGGAGUCAAGGUGCGCAGAGCCCCUGUUGUUGCUGGGCUCGUUGGUAACAUGAUUUUCUAUCAGAUUUACUACACGUCAAGAACGCACUCGCAACUCACCCAAUUCAUCCAUGAACUGCGACGCCCGUCCUUCCCAUCGUCCGUACCUCAGUCGAUUGUGCAACGUCAAAGUGAAGACGACCAACCUGCCAAAGAACCUGUCAAACACCUGCCCCUAUCAUCACGCCAGAAACUCUGCAUCAACCCGUCAGUGUCGCGCCUCGGCAGCUUAUCUGCCAUCAAUGAUCGUUGUGCGGAACUCCAGAAGCCAAAGUCAAAGGACAAGUGCCCCCAUGUUUUGAAAGAAGAGAACAUUGCCGAGACGCAUCAGUUCAGGGACACCGCUCACGCCACGCUGCCUGACAUUGAAGACCUGUAUCACCUGGGGAAGAAGCUGUCUGUUUGUCCGUACUAUGCAUCACGCGCGGCGAUUGCUGGUGCCGAGAUCGUUACUUUACCGUACCCUUUGCUGUUACAGAAGAAUGCGAGAGAUGCGCUCGGCAUCAAGCUGGAGGGCAAUGUUGUCAUUGUCGACGAGGCACACAAUAUCAUGGACGCGGUAGCCAAUGUGUAUGCAUCCGAGGUGAAGUUGAGCGAGCUGAGGAGGGCACGGCAGAUGCUUGGUAUCUACGUCAAGAAGUUUGGCAAGAAGUUGAAGGGAGAAAAUCGAGUCAUGGUCGGGCAGGUGGGCAGAGUUGUCGAGGGUCUCAGCGAGUGGAUGGACGGGCAAUCGAAGCUCAAGAGUGCCCAGGGUAUCGUCGACUCCAAGGUCCUCCUACGCUGCAAGGGAGUGGACCAGAUCAACCUGUUUCGUCUGAUUCAGUACAUCCAGGAGUCAAAACUCGCCUACAAGAUCGAGAGUUAUGUGGCCCAUGUUGAGGAGGAAGCCGCCGAUGCAGGUCACGUCAAGGCACCACCGAGGUCUUCGACACCUGUUCUUCACAUAUUAUCGUCGUUCUUGAUAUCUCUCACAAAUCUCAGCUCCGAGGGACGCAUUUUCUACGAAAAGCUCCCCACAAACCCGCCAGAUAUUCAACUUUCUUACUUACUACUAUCACCAACGCACGCCUUCUCGACCAUUGCCACAAGCGCUAGAGCGGUCAUCCUCGCGGGCGGCACCAUGUCCCCAUUUGACGACUACAAAGACCACCUCUUCCCCUAUCUUUCCACUUCAAAACUUACGACCCUCAGCUGCGGGCACGUCAUUCCUCCGUCUAACCUGUGUGUCUGGACCCUGGCAGGCACACGGCCCGGCCCAAAUCGGGACACAAAUUCUACAUUUGAGUUCAGCUUCCAGCGCAGGGCUGACAAGGCCAUGGUAAGCCAGCUUGGUCUGGCCAUCUUGAACAUGUGCAACGUCGUGCCUGAUGGUGUUGUCGUGUUCUUCCCCAGUUAUGGGUACCUCGAUGAAGUCGUUGCAAUAUGGGAUAGCCGGACUGCUGAGGAGCCCAAGUCAAUAUGGCAGCGCCUUCAGGAAAGAAAACAGGCCUUCAGAGAAACCCGCGGUGGAUCCAGCGACGAAGUGCUGGAGGCGUAUAGUCAAGCCAUUCUAGGCGACGACACCGACCGGAAACCGGGAGCGCCACCCAAACCUCGUGGUGCCCUGCUCCUCAGCGUCGUGGGAGGUAAGAUGAGCGAGGGCAUCAACUUUUCCGAUCGCCUAGGUCGCUGCGUCAUCAUCGUAGGCCUGCCAUACCCGAACAUCAACUCCCCCGAGUGGAAGGCCAAGACGGAGUAUAUCGAAACCACGACUGUGCAGCGACUGACCGACCCCGCCGGCACGACGAAGAUGUCGAGGGACGAGGCGUUGGUGGUUGCGAAGCAAGCGGCGAGGGACUUUUAUGAGAACGCGUGUAUGCGAGCCGUGAACCAGAGCAUCGGGCGGGCUAUCAGGCACAUGGGUGACUAUGCGGCCAUUGUUCUCGUGGAUCGCAGGUAUGGAACGGAGAGGAUCCGGGGCAAGCUUCCUGGCUGGAUUCGGGGCGGUAUGAAUGGCGAUAGCCACGAGAAAGGGCUGCCUCAACUCAUGGGAGCACUGAGUGGGUUCUUUCGGUCGAAGAGGGCUGGAGCAUCGUGA